AUGAGGAAGAGGUUAAAAAAAGACCAGUUGGCUGACCAAGUUGAGGGAGAUGGCCCAUGUGAGACAGAUAUUUCAAGACUCAUUUGUGGAUUUUUGCAAGAAGAAGAUGAGAAACAGCAAAUAUCCAUCAUUAAGCAAAUAACUGCUGCAGCUAAAACUGCCGAUGCUCAAACAGGAGAAGUGAGUUUAUGUAUUCAAGUCCUAGUGAAUGCAUACCUUCAUAUGGCAGCAAGGAUUCCAAAAAAGAGGGCUUUAGUCAGCUGCCUCCAGUGUUUUGGCUCAAUAUUUAAGGAAGAGAUAAAAGAUACACUGAAGGAGCAAAUAUGUUCCAUGUUACUUGGUGUUGGCAAUAAUCCUGCACUGAAGCAGAUAAGAGACUUAGUGGACAUGCUUCAUUCACUUAGUGAAAAUUUUCCAAUUGGGGAGCUGUGUGUGUUAGAAAUCUAUGUUGAAGCAUUAGAAUUCCUUGCAAGGGCUCUAAAGCAGUUUCACCAGGAUACUGAAAUUAACAAGAGUCCUAUAGAGAGAAAAGAAAGGAUGCAUGACAUUAUGACUGCUGUUCAGUCAGUGACCAAAAUAGGACAGAAAUGCCUGAAACCUAUUUCACUAGAACUAUAUGAAGGCCGCAAUAAAGCAUCUUUGCUCUCCAGUAUAAAGCAGAUCUGUGAAAGUGUGACGGAUAUAUUGGCUGAUGAUACAUUCCUCCUCGACUGCAGAGUGACAUGUGGAAUAGCAGUUCCCCUGAUUGUAAAAAUCUGCUGUGAUACUGAAGCUGUGGCCAUGGUGAUCAAUCUAAUAUCCCCAAAUGUCAAAAGUUACAAACUGAUUGAAAAUCAGAGUGGAGCUUUGCUGAAAGGGGGCACUGAAUGGUUGGUUGCCAGGUUUUCAGAUGCACUCAACAGGGACACUCUUCCCCUGGUCUCAUACGCAUGUUUAUGUCAUGGGGUUCUGGCUGUACUGACUGAAGAUGAGCUUUUGACUCUAUUGGGUGAUGAAAAAUGUCUUUUAGUGGAUGUUUUGUUUGCAGAACUGGAGACCUUUUGUAACAGGAUGUCGGAUGCAACCACAAAACUUAUAGUAUCCAGAACUUUGGUGUUGUGGACUACAAGAGCUUGUUCCAUCCUGGCAAGCUUACCAGCAAACAUGCAGCUACAGUUCCAAGGAAAUUACCAUGUAUCAGAUACUUUACUGCAGUAUGUCUGGACUCAUUGGGAAAACCCUAUUGAUGCUGUAAAACAUCAAUCAAAAGUAAUAUUUGAGAAUUGUAUAAAAUUGCACCUGCUAGCAACAAAAGAAGAUCCAAGGCAGAGCACUUUUCUUGUCACACUUGCAGAAAAACUGAUUCAUAGUAAUAAGCAUUUAAAGGGAAAGUAUGCCUCCUUGUCCUGUUUAGUGGAGUAUGUAGGCACCAAGGCAUUGAUUAAAGUGGAACCCAACCUGUGUCAAGACCUCUUAGAAGUACUCUCUGAACAAGCUAUGGCUAGCCAUGCAAGUGAACUGUUGGAGAAGCUCUUUAUUGACCACCAGAUGGAGCUAGAUUGUGCAAUAAAUGUUCAAGAGGUGAAACAUUUGUGGUUGACAACCUGGGUAGAUCCAGUUCUGGAAGGGCUUUGUACUGGUUGCAAGCAGUUGAAGACUCAGCUAAUAGAAUAUGUUCUUCCCAAGUUGUUAAGAGCAGAGCCAUAUUGUGUACAGUAUGUUAUCACUACCAUCACCAAGCAGAAACACCAAGGAGACAACAGCAGUCAACUGGGGGCUCUUAUGACAUGCCUAAAGAGAGCUAAGAGCAUUGGAAUUCUUAAAACAUCACCUGAAGAGCAAGAGAAGUGGAAUGAAGUAGUUCCUGUGUUUGUGUUAAGAGCUGCAUUGUGUCAUUCUGAUGACCAGGUGAGGCUUGACGCAUUGGGACUCCUGUGUGAAAAUCCCAAAACCACAGAGACAAUCAACAGCACAGACUUUGAACUUGUCAAGUUCUUCUUACCUCUCAACAUGAACAGUCAAUCCCCAGCUUUCAGACAAACUAUGUUGGCAUUUUUGAAGAGGUUUUUGUGCAGAGUAAAAGAAAGUGGCCAGGUAUUAUAUCGGACAUUGAAGUGCAAGAAAAUGGAAAGCAGUCCUGCAACUAAAAUUUUGGAGUUAUACAAGGUGUUUUUACACUGGCUGCUUGACCAUAUCUUUUCCUGUCUUCAUCCUGGAGCUGCCUUUUCAAGAAGAACUACAGCUCUUGGUGCUCUUACCAUUUUAACAGAAAUCUUAUCAGAUCAACACAAAGUUCAAACUCUGUUAGAAUGCCUGGUGGAUACAUUUGAAGAUAACAAAAGAUCUGCAUUAAAGGUUCUUAGCUCUCUGUCAACUGAGCAGAUGGGAAUGCAGAAUCAGGAAAAAGCAGUAGAAAUUCUGACUGCCUGUCUGCAGCUUGUAUACUCAACCAAACCCCAAGACUGUACCACAGCAGCUUAUCUCAUGAAACUGGUGCUUAGACAAGAUGGGAUAUAUAAAACCCUUUUGCAAUUUUUGGAGACCUUUACCAGUAUUGGCAGUGAGCAAGAAAAGAAUGACAGCACUGAACUGGAUGCUGACAAAGAUGGUGAAUGUCCACUAGAAAUAGACCGCACUGACCAAACAUCAUUCAUCUCUGAAGAGCACGAUAAUGAAAGUCAUUUUGCUAAAUUUGUGACAGAAUAUGAAAGGGCUUUUCAGUUGUGGCUUGAAAUUCUUUUGGUUCAUCUCUCUCGUCAGAUUGAGACAGCUAGGAGGAAUCUACUCCAUGCAGCAGCAACUGGUCCUUUGUAUCCAGUGUUGCACUGUGUGAGGUUAUUACUGGAUGACAUGGAUCUUAGGUCCGUUGCCUUACCAGAAAAAUGGAAGAAGCUUCUAGAACAGCUGUUAAACCUGUGCUUUAAAGUGUCUGACAUUGUACUUCCUGUGGUUAGCCAUUCCUCUCCAGAGGGAAAUAUACCAGAAGAUGAAGACAUUCUAAGUUCUGGGUUGACAGAAGGAACUACAGAGGAUGAUAAAGACGACUUGGGCAAAAAGGGUAUAGCAGUUAAAUUGAUGCCAGAAUAUUUGGUAGUUUGCUGUUGGAGGUGUGUAAAAGAAGCAUCAUUAUUGUUGGGACAACUUACUCAAACAGCACCAAUAAAACGAGAAGAAGAUGCUGCAGGAGGAUUGCUCAGCUUCCAGCAGAUCCUUUCAAUUGGAGAAUAUUUCAAAAAACAGCUGCUGGAGUCAAUUCACAGAGGAGCAUUUGAACUUGCUUAUGCAGGAUUUAUUAAGAUGUGUCAUACAUUAUGGAGGUAA